AUGGAAAAUAAAGAGAAUAAUAAUUCAGAAAAUAUUUCAUCUUUAAAAAAGGAAGAAGAAAAUAAAAUGGAGACUGAAAAUGUUGAAAAUAUUGAAGAAGAACAUGAGCCUUUGACUACCAAGGUCUACUAUUAUGUAGAUGAUCAAAAAAUGCCUUAUUCAACAGAAGUCCCCGUUCCACCUUCAAAAAUUACUUUGUAUGAUUUUAAGAAUUGUAUAACUAAACGAAGCUAUAAAUAUUAUUGUAAAGUUGUGGAUGCUGAAUUAAAUGCAGAAGUCAAAGCCGAGAUUCGUGAUGAAUAUGAAUGCUUAAAGCCUUGUGCAAAUGGACGCUUUGAAUUAUUUCUUUUGUCGGAUAAUGGUUGUGGGAGAACGAUUCAGCGUCCAAUAGAUCAGAAACAUCACCAUCACGGAUUUGCUCAAAGACAAGUUUUGGCUCCAACACAUUUUCAGUCACAAAAGAAUUGUGGAGUUCGUGCGUCAAUGAUGGCAGGAAAACGUCCAGCAUCUCACUAUAUUAUGGAACAUUCAAAAUUUGUUGAAGGGGACAGCAGUCCUGAAGAGGAAAAUAUAACAAAUAAUCAAUUGUUUGGAGAAUCUAAUUUUGCUAGUAGUCUGUCCGAUGGAGAUUCUCAAUACACAACAGACUUUACUAGUGUUUCUCAACAAAAUCAUUUUGCUUCUCGUUAUGCUCUUCAAAAUCAACAUAACAAUAAAGGGGCAAAUUCAAAGCCUUACUGGACUCGUGAAAAACGUAAACGUUAUAGACGUCAACGCUCUCCUCCAUCAUCCUUUCUUUCUUCUACUUUUGACGAUACUGAAGUUUCUAUGUCGGUGGAUGUGAUCACGGUAACAUUUAAUAUGGAUACUCGUCGUCCUUUUGGAAUGUCUGUUGUUGUUAAACGAAAUCGUUAUUUUUAUGGAAUUGUUGUUCAUGAAGUAUCUCCAAAUAGUCUAGUAGCUUUGGACGGUCGAAUUAAAAAAGGAUUUAUUUUGCUUGAAAUUAAUGGAAUUUCAUUAGACGAAUAUGAAACGCCUGAAGCUGCUGUUAAUGUUCUCUCAACUGCUGUUCGACAAGCUGUUGAAAGUCGAGGCCAAUUAAAAUUAACUUGUUCUCGUGGAGAUGUGCUUACACCUGCAAAUAAUAUUUUCCGACCACCACAAUCGGAGCCUGUCAGACCUAUUGACCCUACAGCUUGGGUGCAACAUACUAAUGCUGCGCGUGGUUUGGAUGCUUUGAUGAUUGCACCUCCAGUUAUAUCUCCAUCUAUGCUAAUUCCUACAAAAACUUCAAUUUAUGCAAAUGCUAUGGCUGCUGCAAACAAUAAUAAUAACAAUUUAAUUGCUGCUGUUGGAAAAGCAGCAGUAAUAAACUCAACAAAUUACCACCAACAACAACAUUUUAUUCCUCAACAACAAACACAACAACAACAAAUAAUUACGUCAGACGGUCAAAAACUUAUAAAAAACCCGUCGACAGAGAUAACAACAUCUUCCGGAAAUAGUUCAUUAGAAUGUUCGAUUGGGCAAAAACAUGUUGAAUUAAUAAAACAACAACAACACGAACAACAACAAACACAACAACACGAACACGAACAACAAUUAAAUUUAAUCCAAACAUGUUCCGGAAAGUUUUCCGGAAAACAAAUAAAUUUAAAAGAAGAAAAGAAACAAACAACAACAAAAACAUCAACAAAAACAAUGUUUGGAGGAGGAAAAAAAGUUGGUGGGGGAGGGGGAGGGGGAAUUGGUAAUGUUUUGAGACGCUUAUUGUGUGUACAUUCAAGUGCGAGUCCACAGAGCAGUACUGAUGACAAUAAAAAUAAGAAGAAAAAUAUUAAAAGAAGUGCUUCUAAUAAAGAAGGAAAAGGGAAAAAAUAA